AUGUCGAUGAUGAUGAUGCAGGUCCAAGGCUUCGUUGCGCUGCAUCAGCAAGAUUCGAAUUUUGCAGAUGUGCUCGGAGCUUUUCUGCCGUUUGCUGUGUUACUGCUGGCAAUCUCGGCCUCCCUCGUGCCGGCAUCCAGGUUGCCCAGCUGGCUCAAGCUCGUCCUUUUCGACUUUGUCACCGACGAGGACUUGGAAGAAGCGGGAGUGGCGAGGUACUACGAGAGUCUCCGCGCGCAAGCCGAUGCAGCGGAAGUCGAGGAGCACGAUGCGGACGAAGAGCUCAGCAGCGAGACUCAAGCUCUCCUCUCGCCUACUGCCACAUCAGCACCUGUAAAGGACCGCAGUGACAUUGUCACAAUUCUGCGGCCCAGCUUUGCCCGUACGGCAGCCCUCUUCGGUUUGGCUACCGCGCAGCUCUGCUGGGUCGCUGGAGGAGCAGCUUAUGCAGGAGCACUGACAGCAAGCAGUCGAAAUUCGUCGGGCAUCACUCCUUCUGCAGUCCUGCGCAUCAUCGUCUGGAGCUUCGUGCUGCUUCGACUCCUGCUCAAACCACCAGCAUCUCCUCCCUACGAUGUCGUCGCCAUCACCUUUUCGAGUCUGGUCGGCGCAACUCUAUGUGCAGCUCAACAGCUGCUUGUUGAGGAUCAGGGCGAGACCAAGACACUAAGCAUCUUUGGCGAUGCGAUCUCGGUGGCGUUGCUGCUUGCGCUUCUGCUGCAGCUCAGCGCGCUGCCCCUCAGCACAUUGCGGCUAAAGGGGACCAGAGGCAGAGCAGUGGCGCUGGAGGACUCUGCCACGUUGGCUUCAUGGGUGACCUUCAGCUGGCUGACUCCGCUGAUUCAGCAAGGCUCGAGGCGAGACUUGGACGAUGUCGACGUGCCUGACGUCAGCGCGAGCAUGCAAUCGAGCCUGCUGCUGUCCAAGAUUCUCAAAAUGCAGGGCUCGUUGCUGAAGAGGUGCUGGCGCGCCAAUGCACACGACGUGGUGAUUGAUGCGUGCUUGACCUUCGUGUCUGCCGCGCUUUCCAUUGCCGGUCCAUACUUCCUCAAGCGCAUCCUGGAAGCAAUUCAGGCUGCCGACGUCGCCAGCGGUGGUACGGGGCGCGUUCCAAAGUCCGCGUAUGCCCUGCCCCUGGCUGCCUUCUUCGCGGCUGUGUGCAAAAGUCAAAGCGAUGUGCAGCACCUUUUCGCUGGUCGACGUGCUGGCGUCCGCGUGCGCGGCGAGCUGAUCUCUCAGAUCUAUCACAAGGCCCUCAAGACGCGCGCCAUGUCCGCGGGACGGACAGAGGUCGAAGCGAGUUUGCCAGGCGUAGUGGAUAAGAUGAGCAUGCGGGAUCGUAGAAAGAGCAAAGGCAGCUCCAAAAAUGUACCGCCGGACCAGCAACAACCGGCGGGCAAGGAUUUGGGGGCCAUCGUAUCACUCAUGGCAGUUGAUUCCCAAAAGAUCAGUCAGCUCGUGUCCGGUGCGUACUUUCUGUACUCGAGCCCCGUGGAAAUUUUGGUCGCCAGCAUCUUUCUGUACCGCCUCCUAGGUUGGUCAGCGGCCGUUGGCUUCUCCGUCCUCCUGGUCUCUACGCCUCUACAGUCAUAUCUGACUCGCAGAGCGAUGCAUAUUACGCGAGAGCUUGGCCAAGCUCGAGAUCGAAGGACUGCCCUCAUCGCCGAGCUGUAUGCAGCCCUUAGACCUGUGCGCUACUUCGCGCAAGAAGAACAGUGGACGCAGCGCGUCCGAGAUGCGCGAGAGGUGGAGCUGCAAUUGCUCAAGAAACGUCAAGUGCUGAGCGCUGGCAUUGCUGUGCUAUGGGCUGCCGUCCCUGCCGCCAUCACGACGAUCUCCUUCUUGACCUACAUUCGUACCGGGAACCGUCUUGGCAUUGAGGUGGCUUUCCCAGCCAUUCAAACCAUCUCUGCUAUGCGCGCAGCGUUGAGCAUCUUACCAGUCUACAUCACAAACUUGCUCAAUGCGGGCGUCUCCAUGGAGCGUAUCGAAACUUACCUCGCCGCCGACGAGGUGCCGGAGUGGGUCUCCACCUUAGAAGCGAGCCACUCUCCAGUCGUUACGAGCGGCAAGCUCGGAUUCAAGCAGGCCACCCUCAGCUGGGAGAAAGCGGACAUCACAGAGCCCGUUCGCGAGGCAGAGCCUCGACAAUUACAUAAACAGGCGCUCCUUGCGCGCGCUGUGCAGAGAAUCAGAGGUCAACGAGACAAGGCUGGAGAGACUGCGCCUCUUUUGCCUGGCGACGGCGCCCUGCAGCCACCGACGGGAAUAGAUGGGUACGACUCAGGAGCCGCGACGCCAAUUUCACCCUUUGCGCUCGAAGCUUUGGACGUCAUGUUCCCUCAAGGCAAGCUGUCUUUGGUGUGUGGUCCGACUGCAAGUGGCAAGAGCUCGAUGCUCGCUGCUCUCUUGGGCGAGAUGGAGAUUCGCGAGGGCGAUGUCUUCUUGCCCAAAGAAGCUGGAAGAGUACUACAGGGUGGCUUGAUAUCCAGCGUUGCUUUCGCAGCCCAGAGACCGUGGCUUCAACAUGCGACUGUGCGGGAGAAUAUUCUUUUCGGAGCCCCAUUUGAGGCGGAUAGGUACGAGAUGGUGUUGGAGUGCUGUGCGUUGAAGCCCGACUUGGUGCUUCUACCAGCUGGAGACGAGUCGGAAGUUGGAGAAGGUGGAUUGGUCCUUUCGGGCGGUCAGCGAGCUCGAGUAGCUCUGGCAAGAGCGAUGUACUCGCGUUCCGCCACUGUACUCCUCGAUGAUAUCCUCAGCGCUCUCGACGCGCAAACCUCCAAGCAGGUGGUCACGACGUGCCUCAAUGGCCCGCUUCUGGAAGGUCGCACUUGCAUCAUUGUCUCGCAUCAUGUGGAGCUCGUAUUGUCAAUACCUUGCGCCCUCGUGGUUAAGAUGAGCCACGGCCGCAUCGAGGCUCAGGGAACCCCAGAGGAACUGCGGGAGCAGGGUCAUCUGGCUGCUAUCAAGGCGGAAGAAGCUGCUGAAAGCAUCGAGCAGGAUUUGCAAGCACCGAUCACUGGAGCCCAGCAGUUGGAGCCAGAGGGCUUGCCCGCCGCCGCACCUUCUGUGCCUGCCCUCAACGUUGGAGGCAGCCUAGGCAACGCCGCAGCCCUGGCCGUCGAAGUGCGUAGCAGGCGCGAGCGAGGCAAGCUCGUGGAAAAGGAACGGAGGGCGAAAGGGGCGAUGAAAGUGCAGGUGUAUGUCACUUAUCUUGCAGCUUAUGGAUCGAUCACUGUCGCGCUGGCUCUGCUUGCUCUAGUAUCUCGGCAGACCUUUGAUACGGGGGAAAAGUUUUACCUCAGCUUUUGGGGCAGCUCAUACAGCACCAAGGCAACGAGCGCUGCAUUCGCAGUCGCAGCGGCCCCGCAGCAGGCAAUCUCCUUCCUAUUCAGUUCCGUUGGAGAAGGCAUUACAGGCUUCCAUGCUCUAACCUACUUAGCGUCCGACCUGCAACUGGGUCAAGUAGGUGCAUCGGCGCUACCGCCUGCCAACGAAAAUGUUUGGCCAUACCUCGGAGGCUUUAUCGCCAUCCAGGUCGCAGGCUCAGCAUGCCUAUGCUUGUUGAUACUGAUUAACCAAUCCGGUGGACGAAAUGCUGCACGAGCACUCUUCAUUCAGGCUCUGGAGACAUUAAUGCGCGCGACGUCGAGGCACAUCGACAUGACGCCCAAGGGAAGAGUGCUCAACACUCUCAGCAAAGACGUCGGACAGGUGGAUGAAAGCGUGCACGACACGAUGCAAGCCAUGGCGGGAUACAUAAUUGGUCUUGUGACCUCUCUGGGUGUCAUCACUCUCACUUUGCCUUUCAUGCUGAUCCCGAGCGCGCUCUUGGCCUAUGCGAAUUAUAAGGUGGCGAUUGGAUAUGUUCGUACUGCUCGUUCCCUCAGGCGGAUCGAGUCCACUAGUCGAUCUCCACUCAUCUCGAGCUUCAGCGAGCUGCUGUCGGGCCUGGACACUGUCCGCGCAUUUUGCGCCGAGCGACGAUUGCUUGGCAAAUUCCUUCAGCGACUGGAUCAUACGCAGAGCGCAUUUCACUACUUUUGGAUGUGCAACAGACAUUCUCUGUUACGUCUGGAUGUCCUUGGUGCUCUCGGUAUUAUGGGCGCGUCCAUGACCGCGCUGGCAGGAGGCAUUCCGGCUGGCCUGGCUGGUGUGGCUCUGAGCAUGGCAUCCUCCACCACAAUGGCCAUUUAUUGGCUUUCGAGGUACAUCACUUCUCUCGAGCAGGAUGCCAACUCGCUCGAGAGGCUGCAGGAUCUCAUCACAUUGACUCCAAUGGAGGCAUCAGCAGUGAUCGAGAGCAACAGACCGCCCGCUUCGUGGCCCUCGAAGGGUGCCAUCGAAGUGCGCAAUCUGUCCCUGCAGUACGCGCCAGAGCUGGAUCCCGUGCUGCACAAGGUGACUUUCACUGUGCAGCCUGGCGAGAAGAUCGGGGUGGUGGGCAGGACCGGAAGCGGCAAGUCCACGCUUGCGCUCGCCCUCUUUAGGCACCUGGAGUACAUGCCGGGGUCUCAGAUCCUGAUCGAUGGCAUAGACGUCUCUGCCAUUGGUCUGCGGGAUCUUCGAUCGAGGCUAACAAUCAUCCCACAAGAUCCCACGCUUUUUACCGGGACUGUGCGCUCGAAUCUAGAUCCAUUCAACGAGCACUCUGACGAAGCCUGCAUCGAGGCUCUCCACCGCGUUCAUCUCCGCACCACCCCACCGGUCUCCCAACCCGCCAGCAGGAUGACGAGUCGAUACAACACGCUCAGGCGCAGACCCAGUGCUCUGGACGGCUCGUUUGCGAGUGCAGAGGACGACAGCGGCACGCCGGGUGUAGACGGGGAGGACGAAGAUGAGAGGAGCUUCGUCACCCUUGAUUCUCCAAUUGCCGAUGGCGGCACAAAUCUGAGUCAAGGCCAGCGCCAGCUCAUUGCCAUGGCAAGGGCACUGCUACGCGCGGGCAAGGUGAUCAUCAUGGAUGAAGCCUCUUCCUCGGUCGAUUUUACCACAGAUGAAGCUAUUCAAAGCGCCGUUCAAGAUGGGUUCAAGCACUCUACCGUGCUGACCAUCGCCCACAGGCUUUCUACCGUCGUCGGCUACGACCGGAUUCUGGUGAUGGACGCCGGUCGUGUUGCGGAGUACGACACGCCUGCGGCGCUACUGUCCAAGACGGAAGGCCUUUUCAAGAGCCUCUGCGAAAAGAGCGGCGAUUAUCGACAGCUGCGGCAGGUCGCUGAAGAGGCCGCGGAAGCGAGACGAAGCAGGCAAGACUGA